AUCUCCCCGCCCCAGGUAUAAAAUCGCGCUUCGCACGCUUUUUGUCUUCAGUGCCAAUUUUGUCUGUUCUUGUGAAUUUUGUGCUCCCACUUAACAUAUUGGAUUAUUUUACUUUUACAAGACUGACUGCCAAAAUGAGGCGUCUCUUCUUAGUCGUGUUCGCAUUUUACUCAUUCAAUGCGGUCCAAGGACAGAUCGAUGUCCUAUACCAAGAUGAGGUGGAAGCUCUUGCCAAAGAGCUAAACCAGCUCUCUGUAGGUGCCGCCAGCAAUGCCAGAGCGGCCCGCCAGCAAGGGUAUUCCUAUAAAGCACCAGUAAAUCCGUUGCCGCAGCCCUCUAGCAACAAUGCGUUGAGUAGACGGCCAGAGCCGGAACAUCACCACCACGACGAUCACCAUGGAGAGCACUCGCACACCCAUCUCACUAGAUUGGACGUGACGUGCGACAACAGCGGCAUGAGAGUGGAGCUCGAAUUUGAUGGACCUUACAAUGGGGUCAUUUACAGCAAAGGACAUUUCAAAGACCGACGAUGCCGGUACGUGAAUAAAGACAGCGCAAGAGGCGACUUUAGCUUUGUCGUCCCGAUGGACUCCUGCGGGACCGUUGGUGACGAUAGACGCGACGACCACGAAACCAUCCUCAUUUUCCAGAACGAGGAAUCCGUGCAGGAAAUUUGGGAUUCGGCUAAACGUCUCCGCUGCCCAACGGUGGAGCGCAAGAAAAUUAUCAAAACAGUUUCGUUCAAUCCAUUCACCGUGGCACGGCUCGAAAUUGAAGAUCAACCGAUUCGAAAAGCCGCUGAAACCAACAUCGAGUGCUGGAUGGACAUCCAAGUGGGCGACAACCCCUGCGGCAAGGCCGUCAAGGACAGAGUAAAAAUCGGUGACCAACUGAGUGCGGUCAUUUAUAUCAAGGAUGGCGGCGCGCAAUACGACAUUCUGGUGAAGGAUUGCUUCGCACACGAUAACGAGGAUCUGAAAGGCCGCAACACGUCGUCUGUGCAGCUCUCCGACACCCGAGGAUGCCCGAAAAAAGAGAAGCUGAUGGGCCUAUUUAGAAAGAGUGAGCAAACGUGCUCCUCAGGGGCGGACAUUGUCGCUUUUGCGCCGAUCAGCGCCUUCAAAUUCGCCGACCGGCCGGAUGUCUUUCUCACCUGCAUCGUGGAGCUGUGCCCGGGCGGCUGCGACCAGUGUGUGGCUUCCUCGACCAUCACCAACGUCAUUAAGGAGCCGCCUUUCAAGUGCACGCCGAGGCUCGUGGGGGUCGAUCCCAGGUGUCCGGCCCCCACAACACAGCGGACGACUACUCCGUUCCGCUGCACCCCCGAAAAAAUUGGCAGGGACCGUCGUUGCCCCGCACCGACCACCACUGAACGCAUCACGACGCCUUUUGUCUGCACUCCUGAGAGGAUUGGACGUGACCGUCGUUGCCCAGCACCACCCACCGAGCGGCCCACAACAACCGAAUUCAUAUGCACCCCUGAAAGGAUUGGAAGAGAUAGCCGCUGCCCAGCACCAACCACCGAGCGGACGACCACACCAUUUUCAUGCACCCCUGAGAGGAUCGGAAGGGACCGCCGGUGUCCUGCUCCCCGCACGACCACGCAAAGAACAACCACUACUAGGUUUGUCUGCACUCCUGACCUGAUUGGCAGGGACGCCAGGUGUCCAGCUCCCACGACUCAGCGGACAACCACCCAGUUCGUGUGCACCCCUGACUUGAUUGGCUUUGACGCCAGGUGUCCGGCUCCACCCACCACCACCCAAAGGACGACUACUCAAUUUGUCUGCACUCCAGCCCUUCGAGGAAGAGAUCCGAGGUGCCCGGCUCCGACCACCACAACUAAGUUCAGAUGCACCGAAGAUCUUAUUGGCGUAGACGUCAGGUGUCCGUCUCCCACAACCGUGGCCCCCACCACCCCAAGGUUUUUCUGCACUCCAGAGCUGGAAGGAAAGGACGCCAGGUGUCCAGCAACUGGAGCGUCCUUUGAGCGCAAUCCUGCAAGGAAGGGCAUCUGCGAGUUCAACCCCACGGCCCCAGGGUGCGGGCUGAGCACGGAGGGAUUGCAGAAUCACGCUUUCCACAAGUGGCAAGCGGUCACUGGUAGAGGAACUCGGAGGAGACCAGAUGGCUCGCGUCCCAAUUUCGCGCCUCCAUCGCCAAACCCUGCCAGGAGAAGGCGCGAUGUCAGCAGGAAUAUCGUUAUCACAGGUGUCACCUCCGGCUAUCAUUAUAACUGAAAUUAAAUGGCGAUGAUUGAGCAGUCAGCAUUGUAAUAAUCGACUUGUUCCUUCACUGAUCUAUAGUUUCAAAGAGUAGUGUAAAUAAAAUUUCAACAGCUCCGA